AUGUAUGAAUUGGGAGAUGGAGUGGAAAAAGACACUAGAAAAGCAAUAGAAUACUAUCAACAGGCAGUGCAACUCAAUCAUGAAUAUGCUGCUUUUUCCAUUGGAGAAACAUUUGAAAUAGAUAAUAAUUAUGAAGAAGCAGUGAAAUAUUUCAAAAUUGCAUCAAGUCUUAACUUUGUUGAAGCACAGUAUCGCUUGGCAGAAAUGUAUCGAGACGGUAUUGGCGCAGAACAAAAUCUCACCAAAGCUAUUUAUUAUUUUGAAUUAGCUGCAGAAAAUGAAUAUUACGACGCAGAAGAUCAAAGUAAGGAGUUGCGGCUGCAAAGAUUUUGUUCACAUUUUCACAACAAAUUGUUGAGCCAUUUAGCGCUGCAUUCAUUUUCAGAUGUGUGCACAAUUUCCUUUCAAGAAGUGGCUGAUGAAGACUAG